CCAUUCACAUGGUUGGUGUUAGGACCCUGAGGACAUGCUCUUUUUUCUUUGGCUGCAGCGACUUGGCUGACAGCUUCCAUUGCUGUUGCCUAGUGCCUGACCAAAGCCGGUUGUCAAAGAAAGGGUGUGGGGAACAGAGGACGUUUACUAUUUCUGCAGCAGGCAUGCGGCUCUUGUUGGCACUCAAGUCGUGGAUACCGGUCUAACUACGCAUCAAUGUAUCCCCGCGUUAACUCUGGCGUGUACCCACAUCUCGCGUUUUAAAGAGAGACAUUGUGUUAGACUGCAAAUUGAUUUAAAUGUUUUUCCUGAGGAUUUUUUUCUUUUCAUUCCUCUGACAUUCCAGAUUUUGCCCAGCUUUGAAGAUGAUGUUCCUGGCAUAUACUUUCAUAUUCAUUUCCAAUUGUGAAUAGCUUUUCUGGAGAACACUUUCCGUGGAAUUUGUGAGUAAAGACUGCAACCACUUUCUGUUCUGCUCCGUUUUGUAGCUGUCCUCUCCUCUUUCUCACCUCGCUAGUAGGUUAACGAAUGCGAGAUGUAUGUCCUUAUCUAGAAUUCUCACCUGAAGACAAUCUGUGUACACUGCAAAUGAUCAGAAUUCAGAAACGCAUGGAAACCGUGGUGGCAUAGCAAACUGACUGGUGAGGCAUUGUUCAUUGACUGUCCACGACAAUAAUAUUCAACCCGCAUUACAGAGGACUGUCUUUUGACCUCCGCCGAAGCUCACUGUUGUUGGUGUUAAGAUAAAAUAGCCUACGAUGUCUGUAAACCGAAGUAUCGAAUGGGAACAUUUUGAGGAGCGAGAUAAGGCCCAUCGAUUCUCACGGGGGAGCGGGUCGGCAACUGUAAGCGGUACCAAAGGCAAUGGGCUCGUGCCCAGUCCAGCUCACAGUGCACAUUGUAGCUUUUACCGCACGCGCACUUUGCAGUCGCUCUCUACAGAGAAGAAAGCGAAAAAAGUUCGCUUUUAUCGGAAUGGAGACAAAUACUUCAAGGGUGUGGUGUAUGCGGUGUCUAAUGACCGGUUUAGGUCCUUGGAUGGUCUACUCAUGGAACUCACACGCUCGCUUUCGGAUAAUGUGAACUUGCCCCAGGGUGUAAGGAGCAUAUUCACAGUGGAUGGGACCAAAAAGAUAACGACUCUCGAAGAACUAGUUGAAGGUGAGAGCUACGUAUGUGCCUCCAAUGAGCCUUACCGCAAGGUGGACUACACCAAGAAUGUGAAUCCUAACUGGUCAGUGGGUCUGAAAACAGGCACAUCACGCUCUCUUUCCUCACUCAGCGCGCUUAAGAAUGAGCACCAUCGGGAGGGCAAGGACUUCAUCAAGCCCAAACUGGUCACAGUCAUCCGCAGCGGUGUUAAGCCCCGCAAGGCCGUCCGCAUCCUCCUCAACAAGAAGACAGCCCACUCCUUCGAGCAGGUGCUUAAUGACAUCACCGAUGCCAUCAAGCUGGACUCUGGAGCUGUUAAGAGGCUGUACACUUUGGAGGGCAGACAGAUCAUAUGCCUGCAGGACUUCUUUGGGGAGGAUGACGUGUUCAUCGCCUGCGGCCCGGAGAAGUACCGCUAUGCCCAGGAUGACUUUGGGCUGGAUCAGAGUGGUAAGGCUACCGCAGCCUUUCUAACUGAGUGUCAAGUGUUGAAGUCCUCAUACACACGGUCCUCCACCCCUGUGAGGGCACCAUCAGGGUCCAAGAGCCCGGGAGCCACACGCCGCAGCAAGUCCCCUGGCUCAGUGAGGAGAGCCACAGGCUACUCCACCAGCAGUCAGUCACCUGUCAAGUCUCCCGUGAAUGGCAUUCCAAGCAGUCAGAUCUCCACACCUAAAUCCACAAAAUCCUCCAGCUCUUCUCCCACCAGCCCACGCAGUAUGCGGAGCUUCAAGUUUAGCUGCAACAAUCGGCUGAGGGAGCCUCCCAGAUGCCCUGCUCAGAUUCCUCCACAUCAUACCUCAGCCUCCAAUUUGAAUGGUUCAAAUGAACAGCCACCUGCUAACAGCCUGAGCCCUGAAGUUAAUGGCAACAGAAAUAUGUCUGCAUCAACCAUUCUGGAAAAGUAUAAAGUUGGGAAGGUCAUUGGUGAUGGGAACUUUGCUUUCGUAAAAGAAUGUACUGAGCGCUCCACCGGCAAAGAGUUUGCUUUGAAGAUCAUAGACAAGGCUAAGUGUGCUGGCAAAGAGCACCUGAUAGAGAAUGAGGUUGCUGUGUUGAGGCGGGUCAAGCAUCCCAACAUCAUCAUGCUGAUUGAGGAGGUGGACACUCCCACAGAGCUCUACCUGGUCAUGGAAUUGGUGAAGGGGGGUGACCUGUUCGAUGCCAUCACCUCUUCCACAAAAUACACAGAGACAGAUGCCAGUGUCAUGGUGUUCAACUUGGCAGGGGCCCUCAAGUACCUGCACCGAAUGAGCAUAGUGCACAGAGACAUCAAGCCAGAGAAUCUACUGGUGUGUGAGUAUCCUGAUGGCACAAAGUCCUUGAAAUUAGGAGACUUCGGAUUGGCUACUGUGGUGGAGGGACCUCUACAUACUGUGUGUGGGACCCCCACAUAUGUGGCCCCAGAGAUCAUCGCUGAGGCAGGUUACGGUCUGAAGGUGGAUAUCUGGGCUGCUGGUGUGAUCACCUACAUCUUGUUGUGUGGAUUCCCUCCAUUCCGCAGUGAAAAUAACCUUCAGGAGGACCUGUUUGACCAAAUUCUACUGGGUCGCUUGGAGUUCCCCACUCCUUACUGGGAGAAUAUAAGUGCCUCUGCUAAGGAGCUGAUUGGCCACAUGCUUCAGGUGAAUGUGGAGGCCAGGUUCACUGCAGAGGAUGUGCUGAUUCACCCCUGGGUCACGCAGGAGGAUGCUGCUCUGAGGAACAACACAAGGAUUGAGGUGACAGGUAAACUCAAGACUCAUUUUAGCAACACGGCAAAGCCCAACAGCACUUCCGCCGGAGUGUCCGUCAUCAUGAACACAGCACUAGAUAAAGAGAACAUCCAACUUCAUCCCCGUCGCCAGGACAACAGCCUGCCUCCCCCUGCCUCUGUGCUCUCAGAGAAUAUGUCCUGCUCUGAUCAGGCACAGAAGACCCUUGUUUGUGACCGCGCAGCAAAAGCAUCCCACUCUGUUCACUGGGAGAAUCUGCCAUCAACCUCUGUACCUGAGCCAGACCAGCCCUCUAUACCUGAGCCUGUACCUGAGCCAGACCAGUCCUCUGCCCCCUCACCGGACAAGCCCUCUGUACCUGAGCCUGACAAGCCCUCUGUACCUGAGCCAGACCAGCCCUCUACCCCCUCACCAGACAAGCCCUCUAUACCUGAGCCAGACCAGCCCUCUACCCCCUCACUAGACAAGCCCUCUGUACCUGAGCCAGACCAUCCCUCUACCCCCUCACUAGACAAGCCCUCUGUACCUGAGACAGACAAGGCCUCUGCCCCCUCACCAGACACCGAUGAACCCAUGGCACCUCCAGCUUCUUCAUCUGUUUCCCAGGAGAGCAGUGAAGUUUCUGCCGCCGCUGUGGCCCCUGCGCCCUCUGCUCCCCCUCUUGCCUCCCCCCUCCCUCCCCCCGCCCCCGAAAGCUCCUGGCCUCCCGCCCCCCCGUCCCCUCCCAGCUCCUUCCCAGAGCCCCCUCUGUGCAGCCUGGAGUAUGAAAGUCCCUCUCAUGCCUGGAAGCUGCUGCGAGAGGAGUAAGCCCUCUCGCCCUCCACAACCAUCACAUAAUUUACCCUGAUGGCCAGGAGAGCUAAGCUUAGUUAUCCUUAUUUUAAGGUGUGAGCACAAUGUAUAUAUAUACAGUGGUCGCAUACAAUUAUCUAUAAAUAAAAAUGAGCUUCAGGGAGAAGGCCAACUUCCCAAGCCAAGGGUCUCAGAUCAAGCAGAGCACCAUGAAAGGCUCCCCACUGCAUGGAUUGCAUUUGCAUGUUGCAUUUUCAGCUCCAUUCCAAUUUCAGAUAAAGCUUUGGCUAUUUUCCAGAUGCCUAACACAGGCUCUUUAGAUUGUUCCCAGACCCACUCCUCUAUCAUACAGAUACAGUUAGCUAUAAACAUUCAAUACUCCUCUUAGAAAACCCAACUUAUGGAAAUCCUUUUUUUUAGACAUUGUUACCGUAAAAUGAAAUGGAACUUUGGAGACCACCUAUUUCCACAUGGAUCUUCAGUUCCCAGAGCAGAAUAAUUAGGUUCCUACAUAUCCGGACUCCACUGGAGUGAUGUGCCAACGCCUUUUAGGAUGUGUGGAUGGCCCGUGACCGCGGGUUUGGGAGUCAGGCGUGCCUAGUGAUAGGACAUGCCACAGAGGGAGUCCCACUGGCUACUAGCCUCGUCCCGCCCACUCUACCAGCUGGCCUGUCACUCCAGCAUGAACAUGAGACGUGAAAUGGUCCCCCUAUUCCCUAAUUGUUCAUGGGAGCAUUAAGGCAGGACACAUAUGAAUAUAUCUACAAUUAUAUCUAUUCGCUAGGAGAUACUUUUAUCCGUCAUGGGCAGGGUUUACAUUUGUAUCAGAACAUUAUGCUCAUUCACAAUCCAUGAUAUUGGUGUAAGUAGCACCAUGUUGUACUUGGUGAGCUACCGAAACACAAUUACAGCAUCUAUGUCUAAAAUGUCUAAAACACUGUCAGCUUCUUCAAAGAAAUGUACAACACUGAUUAUCUCUGCAAAGGGUGACUGGAAAGGAAUUUGCAGUCAUUCAUUACUGGACCUUAACACGGUCCUUCAUCACAAGACACAUAAAAUAGUGGAUGAGCUAUUUUUCUAUGUCUUGAUUGACUGAUUGUAUAUAUGUGAAUUUGUACUUGAGAGCAUUUGAAAGAUGAUCAAGCCGUAUGAAUAGACAAUGUGAUUUAAUCCUUGUUGAUGUGACCUUUUACUUCUGAUUGUGUUUUUUUGUUUUUUUGCUCCUGGAAACUAUGCUUGAAUGUGCUGAUUGUGAUGCGUUUUAGAGCUGAAUACGUGAGUAAGGGUACUGCUAGAGCAAACCUACUGUAGAGGCUUACAAAGCAAACAUGACCACAGGAUAAUCAGGCCCCUCGUUUUGAUGAAAAAGUAAGAGAGGGAAUACCAUAGUAUUUUUGUAAAUAUCUGAUAGUUUUUCCUGAUGGUUCUGGACACCAGUCUGAUUUCCCUGAGGAGGCUGUGCCUCUGCUGGACGUCCCGUGCGGUGUGUUUCUGAUCAGCAUUCUUCUUGCCUCUACGGAUGAGUGCCGAGGCCUUGGGAACAUUAAGUUCACCUGGCCUUAGGACCAAUUCAGGAUCCAUACACAUUUGUCUAAUUCAGUUGUGCUGAUGAAAAAAAAGCGUUAAUAGUGAUUAUUAUACUGUGAAGUUGUUCUUACUUAGACUAUCUGGAUACUUUUUUGAAGGCUGAAAUCUGAAGGCCUGUUUUUAUUUUCUGUGGUUUUCUGCUCUUUUUCUCAAGGAAUUUUUAGCUGCAUGCAAAAUUCCUCUUCUGCAACAUAACACAUUUUAGUCUGUGUAGCUGCUAAGUCACAGUGGUGGGCUCCAGUGUUAGUCACUAUCUCUUGCUACACUGCUUUCACAGUUCUCCCGGUUUUCUCUUCAACACUUGCAGUUAUGCUUUAUGUGCAAGGGAUCCAUUUUUCAAGAGGAAGGUGUGAAGUGUGUGCAGCCCCUUUUUUCAGUGUGAUCUUCUUCUUGGUCUAGAACCUUGGUUGUUUCAUUUUGUAAUAGGAAUUCAUCAAGAACUUCAUUAAAUGCAAUAAAAAAAUCUCUCAAAUGA